CUGGCUCGGUGAUAGGGGCGGCCCCCUGAGACGGGACAGCAGACCCUCGCAGCUGCCUCUUUGGGGUGUUGGGAGGGCUCAGGAGUCAGAGCAGACAAUGUCCUGUGUGUGAGCCGGGCCCCCGUGAGUGCGACCCGAGCUGGCUGGCUGAUCACGCGGCUCUUUGGACCUCCACCCCCGUUCUGCGCACCCCUGUCUGUGAGGCUGGACAGCGGCCCCUCUACUCACACCUCCCGAAGUCAGAGUUCAGUGUCUCAGUUUCGUGCGUACUUCUGGCCCCCGGACAUUGGAUUGGAAAUUGGACUAAAAAAGGAAAUUAUGCUCCCUUUGCCGGAAAACGUCUUCCUGCUGCACUGGAGAAGAAGAUGGCCGGCAGGCAAGGUCGGGAGGAGCUCAUCAAGAAGGGUCUGCUGGAGAUGAUGGAGCGGGAUGCUGAGAGCAAAGUGUGCAAUCCUGACGGGGGCCCCCGAGCGGCACAGAGCGAACCGUCCACCCCCAAGCAGGAGAUGCUGACUUCAGAAGAAGCCCAGCCAGGAAGCCCUUUGGCCACCGGGACAGACCAGCCUUCCCUGGACGCACCACUGCCCUCGGACUCCCAUUCUGAUGACGCAGCCAAGAUGCCGUCGGCAUCCAGAGGUGAAGAAGCAGACGCCUCCGGCAGCCUCCCGCCUACCGCGGAUGAACCCUCUCAAGCCUUAGCCGGGUCUGACUCCCUGGACAGUCCUCCCAGACCCCUGGAGAGAUCCGUGGGCCAGCUCCCCAGCCCCCCGCUGUUGCCCACGCCACCACCCAAGGCAGGCUGCAAAACCACGAAAAAUGUCACAGGCCAGCCUGCACUCUUCCAAGGCUCUGGCGGGAAAAACACUGACCCUCCCCUCCGAGGACAGCUUUCCACGCCCACGGGGUCUCCACAUCUUGCCACUGUCCACCGGCCACUGCCCCCCAGCCGCGUCAUUGAGGAGCUGCACAGGGCGCUGGCCACCAAGCAUCGCCAGGACAGUUUUCCAGGACGGGACAGUAAAGCGUCCCCGAAGAAGCGGGUGGACGUCCGCCUGUCGAGAACGUCCAGCAUGGAGCGGGGCAAGGAGAGGGAGGAGGCUUGGAGCUUUGACGGCGUCUCGGAGAGCAAGAGGACGGCAGCCAAGGGCUCGGAGGAGAACAAGGAGAACUUGAUCGUGAAUUCCGAACUCAAGGACGACCUGCUGGUGUAUCAGGAUGAAGAGGCUCUGAAUGACUCCAUCAUCUCUGGAACACUGCCGAGAAAAUGCAAGAAGGAGCUCUUGGCGGUGAAGCUACGGAAUCGGCCCAGCAAGCAGGAAUUGGAAGACCGGAACAUUUUCCCCAGGAGGACUGACGAAGAGAGACAGGAAAUCCGGCAGCAGAUUGAGAUGAAACUCUCCAAACGGCUGAGCCAAAGACCUGCCGUGGAGGAACUGGAGAGAAGAAAUAUCUUGAAACAAAGGAACGAUCAGACAGAGCAGGAAGAAAGAAGAGAAAUCAAGCAGAGAUUGACAAGAAAGCUUAAUCAGAGACCCACAGUUGACGAGCUAAGAGACCGAAAGAUUCUGAUACGGUUCAGUGACUAUGUGGAGGUGGCGAAAGCUCAGGAUUAUGACAGACGGGCAGACAAGCCGUGGACACGACUGUCAGCGGCCGACAAGGCAGCCAUUCGCAAAGAGCUCAAUGAAUACAAAAGUAACGAGAUGGAGGUCCAUGCAUCAAGCAAGCAUUUGACAAGAUUCCACAGGCCAUAGAGAUUUUCUUCUGAGAAGAAUUUUUGUUUAAUUUUUGAUACCAACACUGAACAUUCGUCAGGGAACUUUCCUGAAGUUCAGCUCCAGACCCCCUGCUGUGUCAGCGCCAGGAGCAGGAUCACGCGGGCAGGUGGUCUGGGCUGUGCUCACCUGUACGAGGAGAAACCAGGGGACGGCCUUCACUCUCUGGUGUCUGAGGGGUAGGAACUGUCGGGCCAGUUAAGACCCAGAGUCGCUCUCCCACAAGAAAACUGUCCUUUGCCUUCGAGCCUUGUUUCGCAGCCCUGCGGUGAGACGGGGGGCGGGCGACGGGCAGGCGCCGGCACCCCUCCGGGCCCCCGACACGGGACGCGCGGCACAGUGACGUUCAGUAUUCUGCUGGAAAGACAUUUUUAUUCUGAUCACAGUUAAUUUGAGAACUCUUUAAGUUCACGUUAUACAAAAUGAUUUACUGUAUUAUACUUUUCUUUUUUUAUAUAAUGUCUAACAAAAAAAAUACAGCUGCAACAUUUUGAUUCCUGUUAAUU